AUGCCUGCGCUGAUUGGAGAGUAUCUGGUAUCGUUCAAACCCGAAGUGGGUGCGCUUUCUUCCCCAGAUGCGUUCGUUUCAAAUGGUCUCCAGCGUAUUCCCCUUGCAGGUUGUGCCGAGCUCGAGCCGGGAGACGUAAUUGGAGUGUCUGCCGCGCCGCUACUACGAGUACCGGUGGAAACCCUGAAGGCGGCACCAUCUUCGAUUCCUACCGGCCCCACAACAUCUACAUCACCACCUCGGGUCAACGCCGUUGGCCCCAAGUCCGGGACUCACCGCUCUCCGGACCCAGCCUCCGCCCCGCCUCCUCCGAAGCCGCCUCCACAAGAACUACUCGACCGCUUCUCUGAGGCACAGCGCUCCAGCUUCAUGCGCUUGUGGGCUAGGCUGCCCGCACAUAUGCACGACAUCGCUUUCGAUCUACACAAUCCGGGAUGGACACCGGAGGCUAUUGAUCGUUUGGCCGACGCCCUUGUGGAAUAUUCUGACGUGUUCUCUACUUCGAAAACCGAUUUUGGUUCCUGCAACAUAAUGCCGUUCACGCUUUCUGUCCCAGCAGGGACGAAGCCCGUUGCAUCACGCCCGUAUCGUAUCAACCCGUUGAUGCAAAAGAAAGUGGAUGCCGUUUUGGACCAGUAUUUGGCGGCAGGGCUCAUUCAACAUUCCACAUCUCCGUGGGCUUCUCCUUUAGUUGUCAUCCCCAAGAAGGACGGAUCGGUUCGCAUCACCGUCAACUACAAACGUCUCAACGCUCUGGUGGAUUUGGAUGGACAACCCCUCCCUCGAGUGGACGACACUGUCCCGCCCACCGCCUUUUGCGCUCCCACGCAGUUGUUCGAAUGGCUUCGGAUGCCGCAGGGCGCCAACGCAAGUCCGUCUUGGUUCGUCAAGGUCAUCAACAGAGUGGUGCACGGUCUGGAGCGUGUGCUGGCUUAUCUGGACGAUGUCAUCUGUUUCGAUGAGGAACCUCUGGGACACGUGCUGAACUUGAUCGAGUUCUUCAAACGACUGCGACAGUACAACCUCAAACUGUCUCCAGGGAAGGGUCGCGUCGGCGCCACGCACGCCAACUUUCUCGGUCACACCAUCUCUCCGGCAGGUGUUAGCCCUGAUGGCGUCAAGGUUAGGGCGCUCACGCACACGCCGCCGCCGACGAAUGUUGAGCAGCUUCAGAGUCUUCUCGGUGGACUCAGCCACUACCGGAAAUUCCUCAAGAAUCUCGCCACCAAGGUGCGGCCUCUCAACUCUCUUCUCAAACAAGGCGUCCCCUUCAAGUACACCCCGGGCAUGGUCAAGGUUGUCAAAACGUUGUUAAGCGAACUCGCUCGCCCCCCGAUUUUGGUCUUCCCGGAUUGGGCAGCAAUCGAGGACAACAGCCGUCCUCUUCAUUUGUGGUCCGACGCGUGUAUCGACGGUUUUGGCGCCUCCUUGGAACAAGAACAGCUCGAUGGCUCGGUGAGACCCAUCGUGUACAUCAGCCGCGCUACUCUUCCUGCGGAGCGUAACUGGACCGUUUUGGAUCUGGAGGCUGGUGGCAUUGUUUGGGCCAUCAAACGCCUUCGCGGUUAUCUGUGGUCGACCAAGUUCAUCAUCUAUUCGGACCACAAAGCAUUGGAGAGCAUUGGCAAGGUUGGGGAACACAACGCUAGGGUGCAACGAUGGCUCGAAUUCCUGUCCAACUUCACCUACACCCUGAAAUAUCGAAAAGGUUCGGCAAACGGCAACGCGGAUUUUCUUUCGCGGUUGCCUUUACCAGCACAAGACACGGACAAAACCGGCCCCGACUGCAUUGAUAGUGUCGAUCAAGCGGGUGUUUUCCUCAUUUGGGCUUGCGGGCGCAACUAUCACUCGUCGUCUACACCGGAGGGGCCUGGUACGGUCGUCGGCGUCGACUUCUUCGGACCAGUGACUGCCAAGGGCAACUCCUACAUUUUGUUGUUCACAAACGAGAUCCACAUCGGACACAUCCCGCGACUCCCGCUUUCGGUCUUCGAUCGCCCCACGGUAGGUGGUCAUCAAAGAUUGGCCCGCGAUCAACUCGAGUAUUGCAACCUGGCUGUCGAUCGCCAGCGCCGGGCCUACGAACUUGUCCGUGAGUACAACGCGCUGAAGAUUUCGCGAGUCGAACGCCGAAAUUCAUCCCUGCUGGACGCCAUCCACAAGCUCCCUCAGUUUACCGUUGGCGGGUGGGCUUGGGUGUACAACACGGCUGCUACACUUCGACAGGGUGUGCAGAAGGACACGGACCAACAAUUGCUCAAGGUCAAAUUCGCACUUUCCUGGACGGGGCCCUACAAAGUUCUUGCAGUGGGUCCCACCUCUGCCGACGCCACUCCGGACGGCCGCCCGUUGGCGCAUAAACUCCUCUACCUGGACUUGACUUCCGAUCUUUCCGGCCCGGCAGCUCGUUGUCGCGUGUCUGUCCUUCGUUGCAAGCCCUGUCGCAAUCCGUACGAGACGGACGACUUGCCGCAAUCUCUGCCCGCCGAGCUUUCGCGUUAUGUUCUGCACUCUUUCGGAGAUAUAUGUCCACCUUUCCACGUCACCGCGGAUGAUGUGUCGGUGCCUGUCGGGCGCCUCGAGGUCGACUACAUCUCGGGACAUCAACUGGUGCGGGGCCGUAGCGGCGUUCUCGCUGUCCUGUACCAGACGCAUUGGGUAGGCCUGACUACUCCUUCAUGGGAACGGGAAUCCGACCUUGAUCUAUUCCGUCGACACAUCCUCUUGUACUGGUCCCGGGAGGCCUGUCAAAGCAAGCGGGAUAACCGUACAUAUCGAGUGGCUCGGACUCGCGCGGCACAGCGGGAGCUAGCCCGGAAUCGUGGAGAACGCUAUUUGCCUCCUGGGGCUGAUCUUGUGCUUAAUGCGACUUGGCUUCGCCGUUUCAGCACUUCGCCCCUCCCUGUUGGCGCGCGGCUGUGCAAGACGCAGAGCAUCGUGUCUUUGUCGACCGAAGCCGAGUACAUUGCUGUCGGGGAGGGCGUCAAGGAGGCGUUGUUUGUGCGUGCUGUGCUUUCGUUUGUUGCCCCAGAGACCAGUGGUAGCAGCAUCCAGGUCCUUGAGGACAACCAGGGGACCAUUGCGUUGGUGCAGAACCCUCUCAGCUCAGGUCGCACGAAACACAUCGACGUGCGGUUUCAUUUCAUCCGCGGAUUGUUCAGGUCGGGGGACAUUUCGGUCAAGUUUGUCCCGACAACGGAGCAACACGCGGACCUCCUCACCAAGGCCCUUAGCAGGGCCAGUCUGCAGUAUCACCGGCGCAAGCUGAUGAAUUUGCCGGAGUAG